AUGCGUUUCGUAUCAAGAACUGGACAAGUGGCUCUGGCCCUGGUGGGUAACUCUCUCGCCGCCUGCGCCAAAGGCAACACUACCACUUACGACUACAUUGUUGUCGGAGGUGGACCAGCGGGCAUCAUUACAGCCGAGCGAAUCUCGGAAGCAAACAAGAAGGUUCUUCUUAUCGAGAAGGGACCUGGACCCACUGUCUCAACGGGAUCCAACCAUACCCUCGUCUGGAACGACACUCUGACACCUAUCGAUGUUCCUGGUCUAACAACUGCCAUUGGGGGGCUGGAUCUCUGGCAGGAGUAUACCUGCAAAGACCACGAGGCAACUGCAGCAUGCGUCCUCGGAGGAGGUGUCACAAUCAACUACAUGGUCUUUGUUCACCCGCCCGAGCAUGAUUUCGACGACAAGUGGCCGGCAGGUUGGAAGUGGGCAGACAUCGCCCCUGCUGCCCAGAGGCUGUACCAGAGGAACCCAGGAUCCAAUACUCCAUCAACCGACGGCGAGCGAUAUGACCCGGGCAUGUACGAUAUUUUCUCGACUUUCCUGAAUAAGCUGGGCUGGAGGUUAACCGAUAUGUCGGAGCAAGCCAACGACAAGCACAUGGUGCCCCGCCCCGUCCGCACAUAUCUGCCUCUUGCUCAGCAGCGAGACAACUUUUCUCUGCGCCUGGGAACCACCGUCAUCCGCCUCGUCCGUGAGGGCUCCCGCGUUACUGGCGUUGAGGUCCAGGGAUCUGACGGUACUCGCGAAAUCAUUCAUCUCUCUAAGAAUGGAAGGGUUGUUUUAUCUGCCGGUGCGCUUGCAACCCCGCGUGUGCUUUUUAACUCGGGCAUCGGCCCCAAGGAGCAGAUCGAGGUGGCAGCAAAGACCGGUGUGACAUUGCCACCCCAGAAGGACUGGAUUGAGCUCCCUGUGGGCAAGAACUUCAAAGACCAUCCUAUUUUUACCCUGGAUAUCCAAACCAAUGGCAUAUGGGGACCCCUUGAUAGCGAUAUUGUCCUUGAUGGAAGCGACACCAAGAACAUCGACUUGUAUGAGACCGCCGGCUCUGGCGUCCUGACACAGGGCAGACACCGUCUCAUCUUCUUCAGCUCGGCUGUUGGUAGUGAUGGUGCCACCCGGUACUUCCAGGGCUCAGCUGCGCCAUCAGGAACUGGACUAAUCUCUCUUAAAGUGUACCUCACUCACGGAUUGACUUCGGAGGGAGUGUUGGGACUGGCAGAGGAUGGAAAGACCAAGAUAUUGCAAUCGCCAUACCUGCAAACAGAAGCUGAUGUAGAUGCUGCCACCACUUUCAUUGGAAGCUUUGUUGAGAAUCUCCAGUCUUCUGAGCUAGGAUUUAAGAUCAAGAACUUUACCAAUGUUUCUGCCAUCAUCAACAACCCUACCAGUGGUGUCCAUUUUGUUGGUACCGCUAAGAUCGGCACUGAUGAUGGACGCAAGGGAGGCUCAUCUGUUGUUGAUACAAAUGCCAAGGUGUACGGAGUGGAUAACUUGUUCGUUUCCGACGCCAGUAUUCAUGCUGAUCUUGCCAGCGGUAAUAGCCAAGCAAUUGUGAUGGUUGUUGCCGAGGCAGCAGCAGCCAAAAUUCUGGCUUACAAAUAG